GUGUGUGUGUGUGUGUGUAUGUGAGAGAGUACGUUUAACGUCUUGCCUGUUAAGAAGAGGACGCAUUGCAUAUCAUAAUUGUUAUUUUUCUUUCAAUUUUUUUAGAUUUUUUUUUUUUUUUUUUUCAAGAUAAUUUUAUUGCCCAUAAUGCUAGUGUUAUACCGAUAAAUAUGAUAAUUAUUUAAAAUUUUCAAAUAUUUUAGUGUUUUUUUUUAUAUAUAUUUAUUUAUAUAUAUAUGUAUGUAUGUAUGUAAAUACAUAUAUUUGAGCAGUUAUUGGAAUAAGUCAGUGAUGAGAUUACAUUUGCGUUAAUUUUUUUGUGUCGAUUCUGUCUGGUUGUCGUGUGGCGUAAACACAAUUAAGACACGGCUACCCUUAUAUUUUUGUAUUUCUUUAUCACCGAUCAAUCAACGAUUGCGUUAAAAUAUACAAUUGCAAAUUUGAUUAUUAAUUAAUACUAUGGCUGAUACUGAAAUCAAGCAGACUAAAGAAUCUGAUUCAAGUAUUCAAAUUAAUGGUGAUAUAUGUGGAAAUCAAAAAUCUAUAAAGUUAAUAGACACAAAUGAUAAAAAUCAUGUAUCCAGUGAAAAUUCUAACAAAGUUUUAAUAGAAAGUGAAAAAAAAUUAUCAAAUAGUAAUAAUGAAAAUGAAAUUUGUAAAUCAAUUAAAGAUCUUGAAAACUAUGAAAAUAAAAAUAUUAGUAUCUGUAAAUCUGAUAGUAUGAGUAAAGAAUUUGAUAAUAAUUUAAACAAUUCGAGUAGUUUAGAAAAUGACACUCUUAAUGGUAUUGAAGAUUUAGAUAAAAACAAUGAUCAUAAUGAACAAAAUGAAACCAAUAGAUUUACAGAACAAACAAAUAAAGAUGAAGAACAAAUAAAAGAAGUAGAAGAUGUUACUGAUGAAAAUAAUGUACAUGAUCAAAAUGACACUGAAAUUAAAUCGGAUAGAAUAAAAAAAUCAUUGGAAGAUUCAAGUAUAAACCUUGAUAAAUCUGUUACUAUUGUUAAAGUAGCAGAUCCUUAUCAUUCAUCUGAUAAUAUUAGUAAGAAAAAAGUCAAAAGUUUACCAGAUAUUACAUUGACACCUCGUAGAAGUUCUCGAAAUAUUAACAAAUCUAAAAACUAUUUAGAUAAAGAAGAGGAAAAAAAAGAAGCAGUUAUAGAGGAUAGUGUUAGAGUAUCACCAUUGAAGUUACCUAUGAUAACAUCCACUAAACCUAUUGUUGUUAAUGACACUAAAAAGUUAGUAGAAAUUGCUGCUGGUACAAAACCUAAAAGUAAUAAAAAAGAACCAACUUUAGUUAUAAUAGAUACCAAUAUGCUUUCUGGAAGAAGUAAUUUACCUAUAUCAGUUUCAGUACAAUCUAGUACUCAGCAAAAUACAAUUAGUGUAUCUCAAAAUAAUCGACCAAUGCAAAAUACUGUUAAUCGUGUUCAACAACAACCGCAAACUACCAUUAAACCAUUUAUUCUUUCAACUCCUCAAACAUCACCUGUUCUUCCUAUUUCUCCAGCUGUUCCUAAAACUCCUGUUAUAUUACCAACUCUUACAGAUGAUAUGUUUGUUGUAGAAGCUCCAUCAUUUAUUGUGCCGUAUGUCUAUGAAAAACCUCCUAAAAAUCCUCUUAAAGAAUUUGUUGAAAAAAUUGAAAAAGAAUUGAAAGAAAAAAGUGAAAAUAACAAAGAGACAAAUGAUUUAAAUGGUAAAAAUAGUCUCUCAUCAAAUGACCAUGAACCAAUUGAAAAAACAAAUGAUAUCAAAGAUAAAGAGAGUAUUAAUUCAGUUGAAAGUGAAAAAAUGGAGGUUGAUGCUAAUUAUGGUACUAAAAAAGAUGAAAAAAAAGAAUCUAUCUCAAAUAAACAUGAUAUAUUGGAAAAAAAUUUUCAAGAGAAAAGUAAUGAGUCACAUGAGAAAAUGGAUAUAGAUGGUUCAGACACAGUGAAAACUAAUGAAGUUUCAACUAAAAACACGUUAUCAGAACCUGUAGAUGUUAAAAAAUGUGAUAGUAUAACAGAUCUCACUAUUGAAUCUGAUGAAAAAAAAUUGUCUGAUUCAAAAGAAAAAUCAAAGAAUCAACAAAGUCUUAACUAUUUUGAAAAUCCACUUGGUAAAUUUUUUAUGCAAAUAGGGGUAAAUCUUGUACAAGAACAUGUACAACUUGAUUUAUUAAGAACUCAAAGACGAAAAAGAGAUCGAGAAGGUGACACAUGUCCUGAAGAAGUACAUAUAGCAAUUAGUUCACUUAUAAAAACUUUAGAAUUUAGUAAAGAAAAUAACGAUCCAUUCCAAUUUAACAUGAAGAAAUGUGAACUUUGUAAUUUUAAAUCUGAAUCAAGUUUAGUGAUGGCUCAUCAUUUAGAAACACCCCAUAUGACUGCUAACUACUGUUAUAGAUGUAAUUUUUGUACUUUUCAAGUACGAAACCCUCAUGAAAUACUGCAACAUAUGGAUUCUCAUAACAUAAGAGGCCGCUUAGAAAGAGGGCCAGCCUUACAUCAAUGUCCAAGUUGCCCAUUUGAAGACAGUUAUAAGGGUAAACUUACCAGACAUUUGAUUUCUUGUACAAAAAAAUACCGUCCAGAAAUAAAUCAGUCACCUCCAUUAGAUUGGGAACCUCCUGCCAAAAUACCUAGAGUGUUAAGAAACAAACCAUCUAUGAGUCCUGGAAAUGCUGUAUAUCAAGCAGCAAUGUCUGGAUUUAAACAAUUUCCCAAUCCUAAUAUGUUACAGCUACAACAACAACAAUACAAUAAGAUGGUUUUAGCUUCUGGAGUGCGGGCUCGAAGUCGUGCCGUAUUACCAGGGCAACGAUUCCCUGGAAUGGUUUCUUCAUUUCCAACGCCUGCAUUACCUAAUCCAUCACCUGGUGGUAUCUUAUUGAGGAAUACAAGUAUUAAACCAAUAAAUCAACCUAUGAUAGUUCCCACACCUUAUUCACUUAACAACCACACAUAUCAAACAAAUUCAAGUACUAAUAAAUCAGUGCAACAACCUAGUAUAUCAAUUACUCCAUUGCCACGAUCAUUUCCAUCUAAUAAUACACAAAUAACUUCUUCUUCAAUAUCAAAAGUUAGAUCACAACAAUCAAAUCAAUCAUCAUCUGUCAAUAGUGGAAAUAAACCAACUUUUGUCAUUUGUGAAAUAUGUGAUGGUUACAUAAAAGAUUUAGAACAAUUACGUAAUCAUAUGCAAUGGAUUCACAAAGUUAAAAUACAUCCAAAAAUGAUUUAUAAUAGACCACCUCUUAAUUGUCAAAAGUGUCAGUUUAGAUUCUUUACUGAUCAAGGAUUAGAAAGACAUUUACUUGGAUCACAUGGUUUGGUUACUUCUAGUAUGCAAGAAGCAGCUAAUAAAGGAAAAGAUGGCGGAAGAUGUCCAGUUUGUGGUAGAGUGUAUCAAUGGAAAUUACUUAACCAUGUUAGUCGUGAUCACUCUAUGUCUUUGAAGCCUGCUCAUUUAUCAUAUAAAUGUACUGUAUGUACGGCAACAUUUGGGAUGUAUAAGCAGUUCGAAAAUCAUGUAUAUUCUGCCCAUAGUAACGUUGCUAAAAAUUCAAGUAAAAAAUCUCUUACUAAUCAAACUGCAACAUCCGCUUCUUCAUCUUCUCUUGUGUCGUCUACUCCAAAGCCCUUGAAAAUAAAUGACGAGAUAACAAUUAUUCCACAGCCUCCCAAGGCACAAAAUCUUUCUGUCAAAAAUAAUAAUAGUAAACCAGUUACUAUAGUUAGUAAGCAAAGCGCAACUCCUUCAGCUACUGCUAAGACCAAAGUGUAACAUAUAGAAUGAAUACGCUAAAUCUAUUUUUAAUUUGAAACAUUUGGGAAACAUCAGGGUUGUUGCUGUUCUCCCUAGUUUAAUGAUCUAGGAAGAGUAAAAUUAUUAAAUCUAAGGUGUGUAGCAAAAAAAAAAUACGGGUAAAAAAUUCUAUGUGAAUUAAAUUAUUUAUCUGAUAUAAUUUUUUAAAAUAAAAUUAUUGUUGAUAUUGUAACUAUGUUCUGUUUAACCCAUUAUGACUGUUUGUAAAUUAAAUAUACUUUACUCCCAAACAAUUAAAAUAUUUACAAAUUGUUAUAAAUAUUACUAAUUAGAAAUAAUUUUAUAAUGAUGUUAUUCUCCCAGAAUACUGUGUAUAUCCAUGACUGUAAAUAAUUUGUUUAUUUCUUAGUGGAGGUGUAUCUAUUUUUUGUAUAUCCAACAACAAUCAAUUACACAAAUUUAUUUUAAGUUGACCUCUUCCUUUAUUUAUUUUAAUUAUAUUUUUAUUAUUAUAUUAUUAUUUUUUUUUACUUUGCCCAAAGCACUUAUACUGUUUAUGUAAAUUAAAAAUCAUAUUAAAUUGAACUUACACAUAUUUCUAACGAUUAGUUUAAAAUUUAGUAAAAAUCAUUGUAAAUAUGCCUCUUAGGCCAUACUAUACUAUACUUCAUUGUACCAUACAAUAUAGAACGAGACUAUAUUCUUAA